CUUUUCUUUCCCUCCUCUUAAGAUAAAAUGAUAAUUAAUAUAGUUUAUAUCUUAUAUGUGGCUACUUUUAUUAAAAUAGUUUAUUCGUUUUAUUUUAAUCAAAAACCCAUUUUCGACGUUAUUAGUUCAUACAAUGAUGAAGAACAUAGAGUGCAAGUCAAAAAGACAAGGCAACAAAUCAGAGCAGAGUUGGGCACUCUACCAGAGUCUCAUUUAUUAAGUCCAAAAGAAAAGCAACAGUACAUUAAAGACGCCUUCAUGUUUUCAUGGCAAGGUUAUCGAAAUUUUAGUUGGGGAUUUGAUGAAAAUAGACCUGUAAGUAAUGGUCCUAGAAAUACAAGAAAUGGAUGGGGAGCGACUAUUAUAGACUCAUUAGAUACUUUAUUUAUUAUGGGAUUUCACAAAGACUUUAAAGACGCACAAAACUUUGUUUCAUUACUUAAUUGGGAUAAGAGUGACAAUGAUGAGCCUGUACAAUUAUUUGAAACAGUCAUUCGUUAUGUAGGUGGGCUUUUGUCUGCUUAUGACUUGUCUCAUGAAAAAAUAUUUGUUAAAAAGGCAAUUGAAUUAGUGAAUCGUUUAUUACCUGCCUUUGAUACAACAACUGGAAUACCUUAUCAAUAUAUGAAUUUUACAACAGGAGAAGCUAUUAAAAAUCCAAUUGCUUGUUUAGCUGAAAUCGGUACAAUUCAAAUUGAAUUUACAAGACUGUCUGAAAUAACUGGCAACUGGAAAUAUCAUUACGUGGGUCAACACGUAUAUGAUAUAUUUAUCGACAAAUAUAGUGAGAAUUUUGGUUUAUUUCCACACCUUAUUAAUGUAAAUACAGGAAAGCCAGUUGGAGACCAUAUUACAUGGGGCGGUAUGGGAGAUAGUUUCUAUGAGUAUUUAAUAAAGCAACUAGUUAUCUCGAGAGGGAAAGACCCAAUCAAGUCAAAAAUGGUAUCACAGCUUAUUUCUGGACUCCAAAAGCAGCUUUUAGUUGAUUCACCUUCAGAUCCAAAUGCCUCCUUCUUAGCAAACUUGGAUAAUGGUAAACAAAUACUUCAAAUGGACGAAUUGGCUUGCUUUGCACCUGGAACCUUACUUUUAGCUGCAAGGAUUCUUCCUAAUCAUAAGGAAGUUGAAUCAAUUGCAAAAAGGUUAAUGCAUGGCUGUUACAGUGCUUGGGACUUGUCAAAGACAGGGUUAGCACCAGAAAUUUUUUCUUGGGACACGAAUCAUCACGAUCAAAGCAAAGGUAUUUAUUAUGAUGUAAAUGAUAGACCUGCAGUAUAUCCAAUUGUUCCAAGUUAUAUAUUGCGUCCUGAAACAUUGGAAUCUCUUUAUUACUUUUUCGUGCUUACGAAGGAUCCUAUUUAUCAAGAUAUGGCAUGGGAUAUUUUCAGUUCUUUAUACACAUAUUGUAGAUCAAAGUCUGGAUAUUCAGGAGUGAGAAGAGUGGAUAUACCAACACCUACAUGGGAUGAUCGUGAAGAAAGUUUUUUCUUUGCCGAGACUCUUAAAUACUUGUAUCUAAUAUUUGAUGACCCUGAAAACCCUCGAUUGCCCUUUGAUAAAUGGGUUUUUAAUACAGAAGCUCAUCCAUUGAGAAUAACAUCUAUUGUUCCUCCUUUAGAGAAGAAGAUCCCUCAAUUCAAUCACCAACAAUAGACAUUCGUUAUCUAUCUGGAACGUUUGUUCCUUACAUUUAAACGAAGAUAAAUUGCAUUUAUUUAUUAGUUAUGUAUUUGUAAAUAAAGAUA